AUGUUGUUACGGAAUUCUCGUUUCCUUCUGAUUUUUGCAUUCAUCGAGCUACCGCAGAUUCAUGGUGCGGUUCUCGCCUACGAAGUUGAUCGUAAUAAUAAUAGUUUGAGUGAAUUAGUAGAACGACCAACAGGAUGGCUGCAGGCAGCUCAGGAUAUGAUCGCCAGUCCGACGGGGCAUGUAAUGACGCAAGUUGCCAAAGAGCUUAUCAAUCGAUCGACGGGCAAUAGUCAAGUGCUCAGUCUCAACCUUACUAAUUUACUUAUAAUCAUUUUGCUAAAAAUACUAAUAUUUGCCGCUGGCAUGUUAGGCGCUGGCCAUUGGGGUGCUCAUGGAUAUGGUUAUGGACGUUCGAGAAGUUCAGAAGAAAACAUCAAUUUUGGCUUAAGUGACGGUGAGGAUUAUCUCAUUACUGGAUUUUUAGCUGCUCAAGGAAUAGGACUGGACGAUUGUCUAUAUGCAGCGGCGUGCGCCAGCCCCAAUGUAGCUUAUGAAUAUGCAAAAGCGGCGAAGGCACUAAUUGACGGCAUCGAAAAGUAUGAGGGCAAUGCUUUUAAUAAUCCUCGUUACAACGAUCUGAUAAUGCUGCUCGAGAAGGCAUCCUACGAUGGUUUUCGCGGUUCACCCUGCAACCGAUCAUUGAAAUGCGAUAGUCUCGUGUGA